AUGCAACAACAACCAACGACACAGCAACAACAACAACAGAAACCCAGUGGUGGUACAACCACAACGCCUACAUCGGCGGGUACAACAACAACAAAUCUGGCACAGGCAACAUCAACUGGAUCAUCCUCUUCAUCAUCAUCAAGAAGAGUGAUGGUCAAGUCGUUGGGUAGAUUUAUUCAAUUAAAAGAAAAACAUAUUGGUUCGGGAGCCUAUGCUGAUGUUUACGAGGGUUAUAAUCAAGAUACAAAGGAAAAGGUUGCUAUCAAAGUUAUACAGAGAAACAAACUUCAUGAUCGUUUAAUUCAAAAUUUAGAAUCUGAAAUUACGGUUAUGAAACGUAUCAAGUCUGACUAUGUGAUCAAACUCUACGAAGUACAUAGAAGUAAGAGAAAUUAUUAUUUGAUUUUAGAAUUGUGUAGUGGAGGUGAAUUGGCCAAGUUUUUAAAGAAGGGUAAACUUCCAAAGGAAGUUAUGAAUCCUUUUGGUGGUAUCAAGGAAUCUAUUGUAAAGAAGUUUAUUCUACACUUGUCAAAGGGUUUGAAACAUAUGCAUGAGCAAAAUUUGAUUCACAGAGAUUUGAAACCAGCCAAUUUAUUAUUUAGUAGACCUUUCCAAAUUAUUAAUAAGGACAAGCAAGAUUUGACCUAUAAGGAUGUAGAUUUUGGCUUUUUGAAAAUUGCUGAUUUUGGUUUUGCUCGUGAAAUUGGUCCAAAUGAUUUGGCACAAACUCUCUGUGGUACUCCUCUUUAUAUGGCUCCAGAAAUCUUAUCAGGUCAAAAGUAUAAUAUCAAGGCUGAUUUGUGGUCUCUGGGUGCUAUUAUUUAUGAAAUGCUGUUUGCUAGACCACCUUACAUGGCCUCCAAUCAAUUUGACUUGUUGAAUCAAAUCAAGAAGGGUCCACCAAGUUAUCCAGCUACCAAUUCAUCCUUCUCUCAAGGAGUUAUUGAUUUAUUGAAGGGACUCUUGCAAUGUGAACCUGAAUAUCGUAUGAACUUUGUACAAUUCUACAAUCAUUACUAUCUCAUAGCUCUUAGAGAGGAAUUUGGAGACUGUGAAGAAUUGAACACCAACAUCUUGCCACCAACAGUUGUUGAGCCAACACCACAAGAACCUGUAAUUAAUCCAAAUGUAGUGGAACCACCAGUGGUUGAUAUUGUACCAGUAGUAGUUCAAGAACAAACACCGCCACCGAUUGUACAACCAAUUGUACCAGUUGUAGAGGCUGUUAAAGAAUUCCCAAUUACAGCGCAAGUCAAACCUGAGGACAUUCUUGAAGAAGUACCAUUGGAAAAGAUUGUUGCUGACAAGCUCUUCAUUUCCAAUCCAAGUGAAGAUGGUACCUCAAAGCCAUCACAACCAUUGGGCGGAGGAAAUGUUGUCAUUAUCAUGGAUCAACGUAUUCCUUCUGAUGAGGCUUUUAAAAAGACCAAGGAAUAUAGUUUGGAUUCAGUUAUUGGAACAAACCCAACUGUAAUCUUUGACUUUUCAAAUCUUUCCUGUGGUGAGGAAUGUCGUGCAUUAUUGGGCCAAAUUGAAAAGAAGGCCAAGCUCGCUUGGUUCAUUUCAGAAACAGGGUUGGUCAUGGAAAAGAACUUGAAGUAUAGUGAAGCCUAUGCAUUGUAUGUUAGAGCUUGCAUUCUCAUUAGAGAUUGUUUGACAAUAUUGAAGGAAAAUGUUGAAAAUAAUGACAGAUCUCAAACAUUUACCAUCUUACUUCGUGAUUGGUUAACUGAUUUCUUCACACAUGGUGAAGCAGUUCAAAAUAAGAUUAUUACAAAGGAAGUUGAUGUAAAUAAUAUAAUUUAUCAAAUGGCUAUCGAGCUUGCCAAGGAAGCAGCCCACAAGGAAUAUCUUGGUUCCAUGGAAUGUAUUGGGCUUUAUGUGAGAGCUAAACAUUUCCUCACCUAUUUGAUGGAAGAAAGCUUCUCUGAUAAGAAGAAAUUCAAUGAUUUUGUUGAGAAUUUUAAUUCUAGAAUUAGUUACUUGGAGGAACAAUACACUAAAGCAAACAACUUGUAAAUUACAAAAAUAAAUCCAAACAUUUAAAAC